UUUCUCCUUCUAGCUCUCUUUUCUUGGUCUCAGCAGUCGGCCGAGGGGGCGGGCCUUGCAGUCUUUGUUGCCCCGGGAGCGAAUGCAGCUGCCCGCCGGCCGGAGUCGGGGCCGGGACCGCAAGAUCUGCACGCGGCCAGGCAUGUCCUGAGUCGGACCCGGGACCCUGCAGGGAUCCGCACCCGACAGACAAGCGCAUUCCGGAAGGAUCGCCUGGCGGCCACCCGGCCUCAACCAUGUACGGUCGUCGGAGUCCCGGCAGCCUCGCGCCGCUACUGCGCCGGGUGCUCCUGGUUCUCUGCGCUCUGGCGCGGGGUGUCCCGGGACCUGCCUCAGGUCUCACAACUGAGGGUCGGGAGGCCCUGGACAUCGUGCACCCGGUACGUGUGGAUGCUGGGGGCUCCUUCCUGUCCUACGAGCUGUGGCCACGGGUGCUGCGCAAGCGGGAUGUGUCUCGGCUCCGGGCCUCCUCCGCUUUCUACCAGCUGCAGUACCGUGGGCGAGAGCUGCUCUUCAACCUGACCGCCAACCCGCACCUGUUGGCGCCAGGUUUUGUGAGUGAGAUUCGGCGUCGCAGCAAUCUGGGCCACACAUAUAUCCGAACCCAUGUCCCAGCCUGCUACCUGCUCGGUGAUGUGCAGGACCCAGAACUGGAAGGUGGCCUUGCAGCCAUCAGUGCUUGUGAUGGCCUAAAAGGUGUGUUCCAACUCUCCAAUGAGGACUACUUCAUUGAGCCCUUGGAUGGAGUUCCAGCCCAGCCCGGACAUGCCCAACCCCACUUGGUGUACAAGCGCCAAGCCCCUGAGCCUCAGGCCAAGCAGGAUAGCUCUAGGGCUUCUGGCACUUGUGGGGUGCAAGUGUCCCCAGAGCUGGAGACCCGGAGGGAGCGUUGGGAACGACGGCAGCAGUGGCGACAACAGCAGCCUCGAGUGAGACGUCUGCACCAGCGGUCAGUCAGCAAAGAGAAGUGGGUGGAGACCCUGGUGGUGGCCGAUGCCAAAAUGGUGGAGUACCACGGGCAGCCACAGGUGGAAAGCUAUGUGCUAACGAUCAUGAACAUGGUGGCCGGCCUGUUUCAUGACCCCAGCAUUGGAAACCCCAUCCACAUCACCAUCGUGCGCCUCAUCCUGUUGGAAGAUGAGGAGGAGGACUUAAAGGUCAUGCACCAUGCAGAUAACACUCUGAAGAGCUUCUGCAAGUGGCAGAAGAGCAUCAACAUGAAGGGGGACGCCCACCCACUGCACCACGACACUGCCAUCCUGCUCACCAGGAAGGACUUGUGUGCAGCCAUGAACCGCCCAUGUGAAACCCUGGGUUUGUCACACGUGGCUGGCAUGUGCCACCCACUCCUCAGCUGCAGCGUCAGUGAGGACACCGGCCUGCCGCUGGCCUUCACUGUGGCCCACGAGCUUGGCCACAGUUUUGGCAUUCAGCAUGACGGCAGCGGCAAUGACUGUGAGCCUGUUGGGAAACGGCCUUUCAUCAUGUCUCCACAGCUCCUGUAUGAUGGCGCUCCGCUCACCUGGUCCCGCUGCAGCCGCGAGUACAUCACCAGGUUUCUUGACCGUGGGUGGGGCCUAUGCUUAGAUGACUCUCCAGCUAAGGAUAUCAUCGACUUCCCAUCAGUGCCCCCUGGCGUCCUAUAUGACGUGAGCCACCAGUGCCGCCUCCAGUAUGGGGCCUAUUCAGCCUUCUGUGAUGACAUGGACAAUGUUUGCCAUACUCUCUGGUGCUCAGUGGGGACCACCUGUCACUCCAAGCUAGAUGCAGCUGUAGAUGGCACCAGAUGUGGAGAGAGCAAGUGGUGUCUCAAUGGAGAGUGCGUCCCUGUGGGCUUCCAGCCCGAGGCGGUGGACGGUGGCUGGUCCGGCUGGAGUGCCUGGUCUGUCUGCUCGAGGAGCUGUGGCAUGGGUGUACAGAGUGCUGAACGACAGUGCACACAGCCUGUGCCCAAGUACAAAGGCAAGUACUGUGUGGGCGAGCGGAAGCGCUUCCGGCUCUGCAACCUGCAGGCCUGCCCUGCUGGCCGUCCUUCCUUCCGCCAUGUCCAGUGCAGUCACUUUGAUGCCAUGCUGUACAAGGGCCAGCUGCACACAUGGGUACCUGUGGUCAAUGAUGAGAACCCCUGCGAGCUACACUGCCGGCCCUCUACCCAGUACAAUACUGAGAAGCUGAGGGAUGCUGUGGUGGAUGGCACUCCUUGCUACCAGGGCCGGGCCAGCCGUGACCUCUGCAUCAAUGGCAUCUGCAAGAAUGUGGGCUGUGACUUCGAGAUUGACUCUGGUGCCAUAGAGGAUCGCUGUGGCGUGUGCCAUGGCAACGGCUCUACCUGCCAUACCGUGAGCAGGACCUUCGAGGAGGCUGAGGGCCUGGGGUACGUGGACGUGGGGCUGAUCCCAGCCGGAGCUCGAGAGAUCCUCAUUGAAGAGGUGGCUGAGGCUGCCAACUUCCUGGCCCUGCGGAGUGAGGACCCAGAUAAGUACUUCCUCAACGGCGGCUGGACCAUCCAGUGGAAUGGAGACUAUCAGGUGGCCGGCACCACCUUCACCUAUGCACGCAUGGGCAAUUGGGAGAACCUCACGUCCCCAGGCCCCACCAGUGAGCCUAUCUGGAUCCAGCUGCUGUUCCAAGAGAGCAAUCCUGGGGUGCGCUACGAGUACACCAUCCAUAGGGAGGCUGAUGUCCAGCCGCCUGAAUUCUCCUGGCACUAUGGGCCCUGGAGCAAGUGCACUGUCACCUGUGGCACAGGUGUGCAGAGGCAGAGCCUGUACUGCAUGGAACGGGAAGCAGGACUUGUGGAUGAGGGACACUGUGACCCCCUGGACCGGCCCGAUGACCGUCAGAGGAAGUGCAGUGAGGAACCCUGCCCUGCCAGGUGGUGGGCAGGGGAAUGGCAGCUGUGUUCCCGAUCUUGCGGCCCUGGGGGCUUCUCCCGCCGGGCUGUGCUCUGUGUUCGCAGCGUGGGACUGGAUGAGCAGCGAGCCCUGGAACCACCUGCCUGUGAACACCUUCCUCGCCCCCCAGCUGAAACCCAAUGCAACCACCACAUUCCCUGUCCUGCUAACUGGGGUGUGGGGAACUGGUCUCAGUGCUCUGUGACCUGUGGGGCUGGCACUCGGCACCGAAGUGUCCUCUGCAUCAAUGAUACUGAUGUCCCCUGUGAUGAGGCUGAGCGACCAGUGAGUGAGGCUACCUGCCUUCUGCCACCCUGCCCACGGCCCCUGGAUGUGCUGGACACAGAUGGCUCUGGCAGUGGCUCCUCCAACUCUGAGCUCUUCAAUGAGGUUGACUACAUCCCGCACCACCCAGCCCCACGGCCUUCACCUGCCUCCUCACCGGAGCUGGCCAGCAUCAGCAAUGCCAUUGAUGAGGAAGACCUGGAACUGGACCCUCCGGGGCCUGUGUUUGUGGAUGACUUUUACUAUGACUACAAUUUCAUUAACUUCCAUGAAGACCUGUCCUAUGGGCCCUUUGAGGAAUCCCACCCAGACUUAGUGAAUACAGUGGCUUGGACAGCCCCACCCCACAGUGGUCCUACUGAGUCCCUCUCAGACAUCCCCGUGUCUACCACAAGGGCUCCUGGAACUGAGGAAAAUGGGGUUCAGAGAGCUUGGUCCCCUAGCCCUUGGCCCAGCCAGACUGGCUACUCCCCAUCCCCAUUCUUAGAGCAAAGCCCUGCGAACCCCUUAGCCAAUUUCUUGUCAGAAGAAAUGGGGGACCCUGACCUAGGGCUGCCCAGCCUUUCCUGGCCCCCUGCUUCAGUCAAUAACAUGGUGACACCUGCUGCCCCUAGAAGCCCAGAUGAGUCACUAGUGAGGGAGGACAGCCAGAGCCAGCCACCCCCUCUAUGGUCAGAUGGGACCAGAGUUUCCAAGGAUGAGGACAUAUUGAGUCAUAUAACACCUCACGUACCCAAACACCAGCAUUCCACAUGGCCCCCUUCAUCCUCUAUCAGCACCAUCCAUGCCUCUCCUAGUCCUGACAUGGUAGAAGUGUGGACAGAAGGGACUGUAGCCUGGGACUCCAUGCUGGAAGGUGACUUAGGGCCUGUGCAUGGUGAGCUGUGGCCCACUAUGGGGAUGGCUCCACCUCCACUUCCUCCCAUGGGCACUGUGCCUGGCAUCUGGGGCAGGGACAGCUUCUUGGAACCAAGGACUCAUACCUUUUCAACCCCAGGACUGGGCUUACAGGACCUAAAGACUCCAUCAGUGCCAGGAAACUUCCUUCUGACAGCAUCAACUGAUAGAGGGCACAUGCCCUGGGUGACUACCCUGAGCCCAGGACCCUUGGGCCCACCUCAGUCCCCUAACCCUGAGGAGCCACUGAGCCCUGGGCUGCUGCCUAGACCAGAUCAAGACACUCACAUUAACAGCAACCAGGACCCUGCAGCUCAGCCAUUGCAGCCCAGCCUGGCAGAGGAUGGCUCUCCAACAGAUCCAUUGCUUACCAGGAACACCAGUUGGCAAGUGGGAAACUGGAGCCAGUGUUCCACCACCUGUGGCCUAGGCGCCAUCUGGAGGCUAGUACGCUGUAGCUCUGGCCGGGAUGAGGACUGCGCCCCUUCUAGCCGUCCACAGCCUGCUCGCCACUGCCAUCUGAGGCCUUGUGCUGCCUGGCGCAUGGGCAACUGGAGUAAGUGCUCCCGUAACUGUGGUGGAGGUUCCUCCACUCGGGACGUUCAGUGUGUGGACACACGGGACCUCCGGCCCCUGCGGCCCUUCCACUGCCAGCCUGGGCCUGCCAAGCCACCCACUCGCCGUCUCUGUGGGACCCAGCCCUGCCUCAGCUGGUACAUCUCUUCCUGGAGGGAGUGUUCGGAAGCCUGUGGUGGUGGUGAACAGCAGCGUCUGGUGACAUGCCCAGAGCCAGGCCUCUGUGAGGAGUCACUGAGACCCAACACCACGAGGCCCUGCAACACCCACCCCUGCACGCAGUGGGUGGUGGGGCCCUGGGGCCAGUGCUCAGCCCCCUGUGGUGGUGGCGUUCAGAGGCGCCUGGUUAAGUGUGUCAACACUCAGACGGGGUUGCCUGAGGAAGACAGUGAUCAGUGUGGCCAUGAGGCCUGGCCUGAGAGCUCACAGCCGUGUGGUACUGAGGAUUGUGAGCUGAUUGAACCACCACGUUGUGAGCGCGAUCGUCUGUCCUUCGGUUUCUGUGAGACACUGCGCCUGCUGGGCCGCUGUCAGCUGCCCACCAUUCGUGCUCAGUGCUGCCGCUCCUGUCCCCCACUUGGCCGUGGAGCCCCUUCCCGAGGCCAUCAGCGGGUGGCUCGGCGCUAAUCAAAGGCCUAGCACAAUACCCGUGUGCCUAGACACACAAAGAGAUGCACGACACACAGACCUCAGCGCCCUACAACAGGCUGCGGUGGAGCCCCGUUCCUCGUGUCCUAAUGGUGCUAACCCCAUUGCUGCCCACUGGCAGGCUGGGGACCCCCCCUCAGAAAAGGUAUUUUUUUAUUUUAACAGUUUGCACAUUUAUUAUUAUUUUCCAUAAAUGAACAUCUACCAU